AUGGAAAUACAGAAUAAAAAAACAGAUAUACUAGACUUUUUGUUCAAAAAUAGUUUUAAUACGUUAACAUACGAAGAAAAGUGUCAAUUAAAAUCAAACAGAUCGACACCUAACAUUGCAUUGGAAUAUAAAGAAGAAUGGACUGUUGAUGGAAUAUCGUCAAUAAAAAAUUUUAUAAGAAAAUCUGAAAAACAUUCUAUAUCUAAAAAGCAUUUGAUAAAUCAAGAAAAAUUCCAUCUUUUAGGAAAAGUUCGAAUUGAACAUGCUAUUUUGGAAGGUCGACGAUUAGCUGCUACAAAACAUAAUGAACAAGUUUCUAUAAAUAGACGUUUAAUAGCACGGAAUUAUCUUGAGUUACUUGAUCUACUCGCUCAAGAAGAGCAUUUACUUAAGGAUCAUUUUUUGUCAUCGUCAAUAUUUAAAGGCACAUCUAAAAUAAUACAAAAUGAUUUAAUUGAUAGAGUCACUACAAUUUUAAAUUCAAACAUUUUUAAGGAGAUACAAACUGCUAAUUACAUAUCUAUUCAAGCAGAUGAAACCACUGAUGUGUCCUGUCGAUCUCAAAUGAGUAUUAUUUUUCGUUAUGUUAUAGAAGAAGAAAUUGUCGAACGAUUUAUUGGUUUUUUUGAUGUUUCAAGUGAUAAAACGGGAUCUGGAUUAGCAGAUGUAAUAUUGUCCGUGAUUAAAAAAUGGGAUUUAGGGAAUAAAAUAAUUGCACAGACAUACGAUGGAGCAUCAGUUAUGUCUGGAACAAAAAAUGGCGUACAAAGUCUUAUUAAGAAUAUUUAUCCAAAUGUAUUAUUUAUUCAUUGCUAUGCUCAUCAGUUGAACUUGGUAUUGUUAUAUGGCGCUAAGACAAUAAAACCAGUCAAACUUUUUAUUUGUAAUUUAACGAUGUUUCAUACGUUUUUUAGUAGGUCUUCUAAAAGGAGUGAGUUACUAAGACAACAGGGCUUUAAACUUCCAAAUCAUUCUGAUACUAGGUGGAAUUAUCAUUCAAGAGCCGCUUCCACAAUUAAAACCCAUUUUAUAGAAUUAAAAAUGCUUUUACACAUGUAA